GCUGAGGUAGCCAAGCCAGCUCGCGAACGUCGACCCUCGACGGCGCAUCACCAUCAUCCCAGCCAUUGCCAUGAAUUGGAUUUGAAACGGAUACGAUAACAACUUACAGCAUUCCGUCGACAACUCUGCUCAACUCUGCCCUUUGCUGAGCCCGGACAACUUGCUGGUCUACCUCGAUCCAUCUCGGCUUGGACUCGGCUCGCUGAGAUGGCGUCGGGCGUCUCCAAGAAUCGAUUCGGAAGCAAACCCUCUACACACAUUUCAAACACAAAUUUUCGCACAGAAUCCGUCUUCUCCAAGUCUCGUUCUGCAUGAGUGACCCCUCAUAGGGUUACUUGUGCCUGGAGGAACCGCAGAGACGAGACGCAAGUCACGGCGGGGAUCUUGAUGUCGCCAAAUCGACACCUUGAACCCGCAUCACACCGUCGACAUGGACACGAGCCAAUAUGGCACUAAUAUCUUCUUGAUUAAAGGUAUUUCGUCAAUCGCUUAUCAACUGUACGAACCGGCACCCGAGCAGGCGCAAGCAUUUGCUUCGAUUGCACCAACUAUCGAGAAAUCGCUUCGAGAUGCUGGCCGUGUAGCACAUUUCGACACCAGUCGCCGCGCCUUAUGGCACUUCUAUAUCCCACGACACGAUGCGACGCAGCCGACAGCUCAUACUGAGGAGGGGGGUGCCUUGGACCAUUCAUUAGACGUAGCUGGCUUCAACCUGGUGCUCACUGAUGAAGGGUCCUUCGAACCCGGUCACCUCUUCAAGAGCCGACCUAUUGGGCAAAGGCAAACCGCCGCCAACACACCGACCCAUCCUGCUUUCAAUGGUUCCGUGCCCGAUGCAACGCUCAGAAAUGCCUCUUCAUUCGACAACACCAAUACGGCCACGCCUAGCUCUUCUGAUCCUGAGGGAAAGCCAACGCCAAUAACGUCAUCAGAUGGCAAGAUAUACAUUACUGUCAAGAUCGCGUACGAGCAAUUCAUCAGCGCCAUGCUUUCCACUGUAUCGUCGCCAAUCUGUAGGAGCUUAGCCGCUAUCCCGCUGAACCACUGUACAAUCUUGUUGAACUCCAAGAUCAUUCGACAGGGAGAGUCGAAGAACGCCUCAGGGACCGAGACAGCUGUCCUUGGAAUCUUCCGGAUCUAUCUGACAACCAACGGCACCCUGGUCAUAAGCUUUUCGCUGGUCUUGAGUGAAGACACACGUUUAUGGCGACCCAGGCCCGAACCAGACGCAAAGUCAUCACAAUGGAGAGAGAUAUGCACCGGCAUGCUGAAAGGCUGGGGCUUAUCCGGGCAUACUUUGCAAAAUUGUACGUGGGUCGCACUUCAACUCUCUCCUCGGAAGCCUGUAGACCUUCGAGCUGAAGGCAGAGGAACGCCGGUGCGGAAUUCGUCACCGCCUAUGAUCUUUUCAUGGCCUUCGAUUCUUUGUUUUAGAAAGAGAUCUGUGGAUCCACAGGCCAACCAGAGCGAAAGGACUGAUAUAGCGCUGGCAUCGAAGGAGGCAGCCGACUCCCUGACGGAAGUCAAGACCUGGUUUCAGUCCGGCACUGAGAGGGAGGAAAGCAUUGUUCAGCGACGCAAAGCAAGAGAGGCGGUUGCCUCUGCGAAGGAGGCUCAAGCCCAAGCCCCCGCUGCUCCUCAGCCAACUGAUCAGUUUCCGAUGGACCCUAGACGUGCAGCCAAUGCUGCUGCCGCCAGCGCCAUGUAUCCCACGCCGCCGGACGCUGUUCAGAAUCCACUUGGCAUCUUCACCGCACCAGCGGCAGAUGCCGUAACCUCGAGCCCUGGGCCGCCUUCGUCGGUCGCUGCGCCUGUAGAUGGCGAUGCACCCAUGGUCAACGCGGUAGUCAUGGCAGAUACCGAACCCGAUAGCUGGGAGCAAACCGACACUAAGAGAGAUCGAGUUGAUUCGACUUUCGAGGGGGAUGGCAAUCUUUUUGGAGACAUGGGCCCGGACAUGUUUGGCGACACAGACAUCACGGACGCAGACUUCAGUUUCUUCGAUGAAGAUGAUGACAAUAAUCCUCUGGACCUCAAUAUGUCUGCGCCUGACACGACGAUGACGAGCCUCCCGACGACAACGCCUGAGCCAGUUUUGUCACAAGCAGAUAUCUUACCACCUACUAUUGACGAGAUUUCUGAGGAGACGAAACCGAAGAUGGAAGCGCCAAUUUUCACCAAGCCGGAACUCCGACACGCCCGGAGCACACUGAAUGACGAGACAAGGGGACGCCCGACUAGUGAGAUUUCAAAGGCUCUUAGCAACAAGCGAGAGCCUAGCCCCUUUGACCCAGCCACCGUGUUCAAGAAGGUUCGGGCGUCUCUCGGCCGUCUCAACAACCAAUCUCUUGGAAGCCCUUCUACAGUAACAGCACGCAAAGGCAGCGUUUUUGACAGCAUCGAGUUUGAUCCUGUACUUCCUCUAGCAAGCAAAAAGUACGAGCAAGGAGGUCGUUUUGCCUGCCGAUGGACACCUACACAAUCAGACACGAGCCUCAGCCUCAAGAAGCCUCCAACUACAGAUUACCUACGAAGACAUAGCAAGUUGCAUCGCAAACCUUUUCGAACGGACAACACAAAUGCGCGCAUCCGCAGCAUCACUGAUGGCCUGGAAAACAGUAGUCUGCAAGCGAGCCCGGAUAAAAUCGAAGAGCUGUCCUCGGACGCUGAUGACAUGAGCCUCGAGUCCGACGUUGACGAAUCGCCCGAUUUGAUGGAGGAACCAACCUCGCCCUUCAAGGCAAGCACCAAGAGACUGAAUCUUGAGGACGACAUGGUGUCACACGUGACGUCGUUGAGAGAUGUCGAAUCCGUAGUGGAGGAUUCGGAUCCAUCUUUGCCGUUGGAGUUGCCUAGGAUUGCCAGGUUCGAGGUUCCUGAAGUCGCUGUUGCGAAAUACUUUGACGAUCCAGAGCCUCUUUUGAGCCAGCUAUCACUCCAAGAUGACGACAUCAUCACUGUUGCUCAGAUUCUCACCGAACAGGCGAUUUCUGGCAAUCUCUGUUUGCGUGAUGCACAGUCGGCGACCUUUAACUCCCCUGUCGCUCCCGAAACCCGCCGCCAACUAGCAUCUCUUUCCAGAACAUUAUCUCUAGUACUGCAGCAAGCUAUACCUGCUGCUCUGGGAGAUUCAACUCAAUGUCGAUUCCGAGAGCUGAUCGAAGCGUCCGAUGUCCCCCUCCUUGGACCUCCCAGUAGAGCUCAGCCUCGACCAGUGCCUCCUCGAGAUCCGAACGCUGAACCUCCAAAGCCCAACUAUCUAUUCCAAAUCCCUCCGCCUCAUCUAGAGAUCAGGCGCCUUGACUCCAAGCUGUCUGUUCUGCCAUCGACCAUCUCAUUCUGGGAGACCCUUGGUCUGGGCCCGUCUCAAGGGGUAAAGAAUAUUACUGCCGCUUGCGUGUUUCCAAAUUUAAACGGUCUCUCCGAUUUCGCCACGACGUUUCUGGGGCGCAUAAGGAACACGUAUGAGUUCCUGAAGCUGGGAGGAUUCGACAUUGUCAACGGCGAGAGUGGUCAUACAACAGGCGGGCUCGUGCCGUGGGAGGAAGAACGUUUGACUGGCACACCAACGGUUGACGGAGCAAUGCACGGCUCAAGCUUGGCUGACCGCAUGGACAGCCUGAACCAGAGUCUGCUUUCCCUUGAGGCUCGUGAGAAGAACUUUGUUGUCUUCAUCGUCUACAUACCAAGUCAUCCAGAGUCGAUCGUCGAAGCUUGCACAGCUUUCCAGCAGCUCUUCGAACUGCAUAAGAAGGCCCUUGCCGACAAGAGGCUUGCUCCAUCAAACGAGUUGGUGCUGCAACUUCUACCGGUGGAUUUUUUGACAGCAGUCUCUGGAAUGCCAACGGCUUUACCUAUUGACCUCAUCAAGUUAGCGCUGGAGACAUACGACCGAUGCACCAUAUUUGGGGGGCCUAUGCCUGCGCCUGCCAUCCUCCUCGAGCAUACCUUGCCGCGGAACAUCGAUUUCAGGCUCAAUAACACAGGGUCAUCCUCGCUUAUGCACGAAAAUACCUGCAUUCACAUAGCAUAUGCACAAAGCGUUGACGAAAGGUGGAUCACGGCAGCUUGGACGGACAACCGUGGGAGUCAGCAAAUGACGGCGUCAUACAAUCUCGGUCGAAAGGGCAAGUCAUUGUCAAGUUCGUUGAACGAAGUCACACAUGAAAUUUGGGAGACGACUCAUGACCUUAUCUCUCGAUGGAAGGUGCACUGGCGUAUCAUCAUUACUAAAUGCGGGUGCAUGGACCAAAGUGAGAUUGACUUCUGGGUAGGCUUGGCCCAGACGGAGCAGCAGGCAUCGGUCAGCUUGACGCUCAUCACGGUCGACACGAGCCCUUCGUUGCAGCUCGUCCCUCCAGCGGUCAAGGUCCCGCCUACAGCUUCGACGUCGUUCUACACCACCCCUGUUUCCACCCCUCAGCCAUCAACUGUUUCCCCGGACCAGAUCGGCACCCCCUCGACACCCAUGAAAGACGGCAGCCAGGCAAAUGCCAGCACGCCGACAGGUACGCCAGGUGGGGCGGAUGUGGCAGAACCAGCCGAGGGCGACGCAAUUCUCGUCGAUGUAACCGACCAGACUUGGGGCGCCGUGUUAUCCCACAGACUGGGUAACUCGACCGCGCCCGGAGAGCUAAGCACCUCUCUCAUCAGUGGCUACCUCGUCAAGCGGGGUGGAACCAAGGUUGAGGACCCCCCAGUCGUCAUGGAGGUCAACAUUGUAUACACAGAUGGGAACCCUCGAGCUCUUGAAGCCCUGCUCAGGGAGAUGCUCAACUAUUUCCGUGGCCUUGGGACCUUGGCACGGGCCAGGGGCAUGGUGGAUAGGGAGACGGACGUGAGGCCAUGGCAUAUCGCGGCGGCAGAAAAAGGCGUCCGGGCGCUGUAUUUACUGAUGUGA